UUUUGCAGAUAAGAUUUUUGCUGAACUCGAAGAAAUCUUCAUGCUUCUGGUUCAUAUUUAUUAUUGAGUUUGUUUUUGUAGAAAGCUCGAAAUGAUUGAAUCAAACAGCACAAGCAAAUUUUCUUCAUUUUUUCGACGAAAGCCAAAGGAUGUAAAGUUGGAUAUGAAUGGAAAUGGUCUUGUUAGUCCUCAUGAUGAACACCAGGACGAGCUCGAAGAUCCAAUGGCAUCUGUAUCGAUUCGUGUGCGAAACGAAGAAGGUGACGAUUUUGUUGUCUCUCCAAGUGACGUUGUUGAUAAUAUCAAUGAGAUAAAUUCUCGGCGGAGCAGUCGUCGAGACUCUACACCUGCUUCGUCAAUCCGACGAAGUCGUCCCUCAUCAUCUGCAUAUUUCAAUGAGAAUGGGGAACCAAUUGAAGGAAUUAAUAGACCACCAAGAAAAUUUAAAAGUAUGGACCACAUCAUGAUGAGAUUAUUCAAACCGUCUAAGGCAAGGAAAUCAAAAAGUGUUCGAGAUGCCGAGCCGGGAUUACGUUCCAUGCUCUAUGGAUUGUCCCAAAAACAAGAGAAGGAGGAGGCGAUUGCGAAAAAGCUGGCAAAAAAGAUGAUAAUACAAGAAGAGAAAGCGAUGCAGGCAGUUCCGACAUCUCCUGUGGAUGCAAGCAAAUUUGUGGCGUAUGUACAGGAAAGAAGGAAAAAACGAAUAUUGUUUAAAGGAGAAUACUUGAUGGUAAAUCGAUCCAUUGAUAACAAUAAAUGCCGUUGUGACGUUGGAAGUACAAUGAUGGAUAGGAAUCCAUAUCCGGAUACACUUCCGUACGAUUACAAUCGUGUGAUACUUCCUAGGAUAGAUGGAGAUGAGAAUUCGCAUUAUAUAAAUGCCAGUUAUGUAAAUAGUUGGCUACGGGAUAAAGCAUACGUGGUAACUCAGGCUGUUCGAACAAAACCAAUGAACGCCGAAUUCUGGAGAAUGGUUUGGGAAUUAGGAUCUAAUUGUAUUGUUAUGCUUACGAAGGUUUUCGAUUUUAUGAGGGUUAUGUGCUUACAAUACUGGCCACUAACCAAGUUUCAAUUUCGAGAAAUUGAAGUUGAAACAACAGAAGUAAAAACAUAUUCUCAUUUUGUGAUCAGAACAUUCAAACUGACAAGAACAACACCUGAAUCAAUUGAGACUCGGAUAGUCAAACAUUUUCAUUUCACCGAAUGGGAACUUGACUCAUUUCCAUACAUUUCUGCAUUCAUUGAACUUCGUCGACGUGUUCGACAGUUUAUGGAAAAGAAUCCAGUUGAGGCACCUAUGGUUGUACAUUGCAGCAACGGUGCUGGUCGGAGUGGUGCUUUCUUAGCACUGGACGCCAACUUGGAACUAAUGAAAAAGACAGGACAACUGGAUUUUUUCGAAUAUGCCAAAACGCUGGUGAACUCGAGGCCUCACCUUAUCGACAGCGUCGAACAGUACAUGUUCAUUUAUGAAGUACUUUCAGAGGCAGUUAUGUGCAAUGUUCAACCAAUUGAGAUGCAUUUACUAAAAGAGCGAAGCAGUAUGUACAAAGCAAAAAAGAACCGAGAACUCCUGGAAACUCAAGAAACGCAUGAAAACAAGCUUCUGAUGCAUCUGACGCCUACAUUGAGAAUCGGAGACUGCGCUGGUGGGCAUCGUCUCGAGAAUCGAGGAAAGAAUCGAGAUGUUAUGGUUGUACCUCCGGACCACGCAAGACCAUACCUUCAAACAUUACACGGAGAAAGUAAAGACUAUACAUAUAUCAAUGCAGUUGAGGUCGAUGGUUUCACUAGAAAAGCCGAAUUCAUUGUAACAGAAUGGCCAAAACAGAGCACUGUCGAUUCGUUUUGGACUUUAAUUUAUGAUCAUGCAUGCCACACGGUGGUUAAUUUGAGCAAUCAAGGAUCACAGAGACACUAUCCCUCGUUCAUUCACAACAAAGGAAAAGCAAACUAUGGGCCAUUCAUUGUUGAAAUUAUGAACUAUCAUCAGUAUCCUGCAAUGACAAGUCAUAUGGUCAAAGUAAUGAAACGGACAUUCAUGAUCAGCGACAUCAUGGCCACUGGAGCACAAAAUCAACAAAUUGAUGCAGAAGUUCGAAUUUGUUGCGUUAUUCAGGUCAGAAUGUGGCCUAUUGAAAACAAAGUCCCACUGUCAACAACUGGCCUCAUAGAUGUUAUCAAGAUGGCCAGAAGUUGGAGGAAAAGAGCACCAGAUCGUCCAGAAACCAAACCAACUAUUGUCAUGUCACAUAACGGAGUAUCCCGAGUUGGUGUGUACAUUGGAGCAAACAUAUGCAUUGAUCAAAUGGAUAUUGACCAUGAAGUUGACGUUUUUCAUGCAGUCAAAAUGAUGAGGAUCAAUAGACCACAGUUGAUUGAUAUGAAGGAUGAGUAUAAAUAUCUUUACGACGUGAUGUUGCAUUGGUACAUGACAAAUCCCGACUAUCGAAUCUAUGACAAAGAAGAUAGUGAAGAUACGGACAGUCAAAAAACAUCUCGACCGCCGUCAAAUCGUCAUUCAAUCAAAGAGAAAAGCUCGUUUAGGAGUAAAUUCUCAUUCCGUCGACGUAACACAACUCGUCAAAAUGAAAAUAACGCGGUAGAUCAACGUGUGAACAGCAAUUGAUUCAGCUCGUUUUUUCGAGAAUAUUCAAUUCUUAAUUCAGUUCCUUCAACGGGUCGUUCUAUUUCACUCAACAAUUGUUUUCUGAUAGAUUUUAUUUUGUUUGUAAAAUAUUAAUAUUUCUAAAUAUAGACGUUUUCCAUUUCUUCCCCUCUCACCCUUUCAGUACAGAAUGGUUCCACUUUUCACACAACAUUAAUACAUAUCAAAAAUUAUUGUUCUAUGUAUGCAUAUAUUUUUUCUGUGUAUUCUCUUUGAUAAGCCUUUCUGGUUGUUUAUCAAAUCAAUGCUUUCAGUUCUUUUCACUCUUAAUUUUUCCUGCAGCUUCAAUUUUGUCUGUGAUUUUCUUUCUUGUUUUAAUAUAUUCGAUAAAUAUUUAUAUUUUUAAUUAAUUCAAGAAUUUAUUUGGUUCAUAAAUAAAUAUCGAUUCAUUCAAA